UCAUGGAAUACAACUUCAACAACAUCUCCUCAGAAUAACAUUUCACCCCUUCUUCCUCUCUUCCCUUAAUUAAUGGCUUCUCAACCCAAAAAACCGCUACCUCAGCCCCUUAACCAGCAUCAUGAUACCCCAACACCUUCCCCUCAUCGUUCACCCGUUACAUCACUUCCUGUCCCAGUCCCCCGUCUACCUUCCCUAAAAGAUGAUCAUAGCAAUAUUCUUCGACUCAUUAUGAUUGUCAUGGCAUGCAUGUUUGGCGUUGUCAUGUUCCUAUGCACCGUCUCCAUAAUCAUAAAGCGCUAUUACUCAAGGAGACACAACAAUAACCGUAACGGUAACCGAAACAGAACAGAGUCGCCCAUAUUGUUCGAUGUUAACGAGGGUUCUUUUUCAGACAAUGAUGACAACGACGAGCGUGGUGAUGUCAUGCACCCCAUAUGGUUCAUACGCACGGAGGGUCUCCAACAAUCGUUCAUAGAUUCCAUCACUGUCUUCAAAUACGGAAAACACGAAGGACUCAUAGAUGGAACAGAUUGCUCUGUUUGCUUAGGUGAGUUCCAACAUGGCGAGAGUCUCAGACUCUUACCCAAGUGUAACCACGCUUUUCACAUCCCUUGCAUUGACACGUGGCUUAGGUCACAUAAAAAUUGCCCCUUGUGCCGUGCACCUGUGGUGAGACCCACUGAUCAGAAUCAUAAUCAUAAUGACGAUCACAAUCACACAGAUACAAACGUUUUUUAUGAUAAUCAAGAGACCCAUGUGGAGAAUUCUGAAGGAGAAAGUGAUAGUAGUGGAAUCAGGAGUGAAAUUGAAGGUGAAGAUGGUUGUGGGGUGUCGUCUAGUGGAAUCAAAGAUAAAGUGGAAGGGGAAAUAGAGCCUCUGAGGAGGUCGGUUUCAAUGGAUUCAUGUUCUGGUUCACUGAUAUUUUGUGAUGUGGCGGUGGUGGAGGAUUUGAAUUGCCUUGAAAAAGUGAAUUGUAGUAGUAGCAAGGGUGCUAUUAACAGUUCAACGAGAGUUUGCAAGGUGGGUUCAAUUGGACAAAAGAGACCGGUCUCAAUGAGAAGAUCGUUUUCACAAAACAGGAAAUUUGUGUUUUCUAGACACUGUAGGAGCCAGAGUUCAACUCUUCCUUUGUAAACUAAGAGAGUGAUGUGGUAAGGUCAAGUUAGAAGAUGAAGGGCUAUUGUUGAUGGAGGCAGUGAUCUAUAUAUCUCUGUGAUUCCCUUCCUUCAAGAAAAAACCUAUGUUUCAGAUACUAGUAUGCUUAAUGUAUAUAGUAAUACCAUUCCACAAAACUUUUUGAGUAGUUCCGAUCGUUUAGUUUCUGUUUCUAUGUGACCUUGCUGCGAUUUACAGUUUCUCUUUCGUUAUUCUAUAUAUCUUCUUCAUUUUGCAACAUUAUUGCAUCCGUUCUGUAAACUUCUAUGAAGCAUGUUUUUGGAAUGGAUUUGGAUCGCCACCG